CAGAAGCUUUGGAGCUUAGCUGUGCCUGAGCUCUGCGCUGCGACUGACAAACCGGCCCCAGCCCGGGACAUCUCACUUUCAUUUAGCACUGCACUCCAUGGAGGGGCGGACACGCCAGUGCUUCAUGCAGUCUAACUAGUGUGUCGGAAAACGGCUCAAUUCACCGCUGCCGAGAUGAAGUAUAAGGUUAAGUAGUUGUGCUGACUAAGGAGUUUGGUGAUCAGAGUAAACAGAGGACCCCAUCUCAACCACCAACCAGAGGGGAGAUCCCUUAUAGAGCACAGCUGCUCCAUAGUGGAGAACCAGCACACAGAGCAAGGCCUGCGGCUAUGGGGCACCAUACGGGGAAGAUGAUUAAUGUGUGUCAGUUAUAAAGGAAUGCAAAGCAUGAAACUCAAAGAUCAAGUCCACAUUUCUAGAGACGAAAACAGGGCACAGAAGUCCAAACAACAACCUCAAAUUCCACUAUUGUGUAAAGUCACAAACAUGUUCCAUCCCUUCGGCAGCCCUUCCUCCCACAAAUGGUCAUCAUUGCAGCAAUUUCUAGUGCAUCCAGGCAUUUUAGUGGAGCUCUAGGGGGAUCACUUUUAGUUUUCUGAGUGCUUGCAGUGAAUUUACAACGCUCCCCGACUCCUCUGUGCGCUGGGAAGGAGCAGGCAUGUGGUGAUGGCUGCCAUCAUGCUGCGAAACAUUACUAACGCCAAGAAAUGAAAUCUUUGGAGCCUUUGAAAGGCUUCCAAGAAUGUCAGCACGUACUGCCUGCCCACUCUCUGCUGAAUGCCUACUUUGGCUGUCUGCUUAGUACUGAAUGUACCAGACAGGCCUUCAUACAAAGAGAGAAAGUGUUUCGGGCCCCUGAAAGGGAAAGGCACAGCCUUUCUGAUGUGAAUGGCGAGACUCAAGGAAAUAGUGGCACGGUGAGAAGGGGCCUUCAGGAAAGGUAUGAAUAAAAGACCAAAAGAGAAAGAAAUGGCAACUACCCACGUGUGAGACAUUCUUUGUAGCUCCCCGCCAUCUAAUCUGGAGAUGCAAAUACUGUCACACUGUGCUCCAUGCUUGAUGGAUCUUGGAAAAAUGCUUGCUCGGAGAUUCUCCUGUAUCCAAGGACCUUGUGAUCAACUGAGAAUGAGAAUUUGUAAGCGCUGCCAAGAAUCUUAUGGCAAGAGCCUUAUAUGACAAUGUCCCAGAGUGUGCUGAGGAGCUGGCCUUCCGCAAGGGAGACAUCCUGACUGUCAUAGAGCAGAACACAGGAGGACUGGAAGGAUGGUGGCUCUGCUCCUUACACGGCCGGCAAGGGAUUGUCCCAGGCAACCGGGUGAAGCUUCUCAUUGGCCCAGUACAGGAGACCUCCUCCAGUCAGGACCAGCCUACUUCUGGACUGAUGCACCAGGCCUUUGGCCAACAGAAGCUCUAUCAAGUGCCAAACCCACAGGGUGCUCCUCGAGACAUCAUCUACCAAGUACCACCUUCCUACCAACAUCAGGGAAUUUAUCAAGUACCCACUGGCCAUGGUACCCAGGAACAAGAUGUAUAUCAAGUACCACCAUCAGUGCAAAGAGGCAUUGGAGGGGCUAAUGGUCCCCACUUUAGUAAAAAGGUGGUAACCCCCGUGAGGACAGGCCAUGGCUAUGUGUACGAGUACCCAUCUAGAUACCAAAAGGACAUCUACGAUAUCCCUCCUUCCCAUUCCACUCAAGGGGUAUAUGAUAUCCCUCCAUCAUCGGUGAAAGGCCCGGUGUUUUCAGUUCCAGGGGGAGAGAUAAAACCUCAAGGGGUCUAUGACAUCCCUCCUACUAAAGGGGUAUAUGCCAUUCCACCCUCUGCUUGCCGAGAUGAAGCAGGGCUCAGGGAAAAAGAGUAUGAUUUCCCCCCUCCAAUGAGACAAGCUGGAAGGCCAGAUGUCAGACCUGAGGGCGUGUAUGACAUCCCCCCGACCAGUACCAAACUGGUGGGAAAUGACCUUCACAUGAAAUAUAACUGUGAUGCUACAGGAGCUGCUGAACUGGUAGCACAAAGACACCCAAGCAUUUCCCUGAAACACCCACCCUCACUGCUGGGACCAUCAGGGGGCACUCAGAAUGAUGCGUAUGAUGUCCCUCGAGGGGUACAGUUUUUGGAACCACCAGCAGAAACCAGUGAGAAAGCAAACCCUGAAGAAAGAGACGGUGUUUACGAUGUCCCUCUGCACAACCCAGUGGACGCCAAAAGCUCUCAGGAUGUGGUAGAUGGCAUCAAUCGAUUAUCUUUCUCCAGUACAGGCAGCACCAGGAGUAACAUGUCCACGUCUUCCACCACCUCAAAGGAAUCUUCACUGUCAGCCUCCCCAUCUCAGGACAAAAGGCUCUUUCUGGACCCAGACACAGCCAUUGAGAGACUCCAUCGGCUCCAGCAGACCCUGGAGAUGGGUGUCUCCAGCCUAAUGGCACUGGUCACGACCACGGACUGGAGGUGCUAUGGAUACAUGGAACGACACAUCAAUGAGAUACGCACCGCAGUGGACAAGGUGGAGUUGUUCUUGAGGGACUACCUGCAUUUUGCCAAGGGCGCUGUAGCAAAUGCUUCCUGCCUCCCGGAACUCACCCUCUACAACAAAAUGAAGCGGGAGCUGCAGAGAGUAGAAGACUCCCACCAGAUUCUGAGCCAAACCAGCCAUGACUUAAAUGAGUGCAGCUGGUCCCUGAAUAUCCUGGCGGUCAACAAGCCCCAAAACAAGUGUGAUGAUCUGGACCGCUUUGUGAUGGUGGCAAAAUCGGUGCCUGAUGAUGCCAAGCAGCUCACCACAACAAUCAACACCAAUGCAGAAGCCCUCUUUAGACCAGGCCCUGGCAGCUCCCAUGUGAAGAAUGGGCCCGAGAGCAUCAUGAACUCCACUGAGUACCCCCAUGCUGGAUCCCAGAUGCAGCUGCUGCAUCCUGGAGACCACAAGGCCCAGGCCCUCAACAAGGCGGUGCCCCCACACCUGAGCAAGGAUCAGCCUGUAGCUGACUGUAGCAGCAGUGAUGGCUCUGAAAGGAGUUGGAUGGAUGAUUAUGACUAUGUCCACCUACAGGGUAAAGAGGAGUUUGAAAGGCAACAGAAAGAGCUGCUGGAAAAAGAAAAUAUCAUCAAACAGAACAAGAUGCAGCUGGAACAUCAUCAGCUAAGUCAGUUCCAGUUGUUGGAACAAGAAAUUACAAAGCCUGUGGAAAACGACAUGUCAAAGUGGAAGCCCUCUCAGAGCCUCCCCACCGUAAACAGUAGCGUGGGCGCGCAGGAUAGGCAGUUGCUUUGCUUCUACUACGACCAGUGUGAGACCCAUUACAUUUCCCUUCUCAAUGCCAUUGACGCUCUCUUCAGCUGCGUCAGCUCGGCCCAGCCCCCGCGGAUCUUCGUGGCACACAGCAAGUUUGUCAUUCUGAGCGCGCACAAACUCGUGUUCAUUGGAGACACGCUGACAAGGCAGGUUGCUGCCCAGGACAUUCGCAACAAAGUGAUGAACUCCAGCAACCAGCUCUGCGAACAGCUCAAGACUAUAGUUUUGGCGACUAAGAAGGCCGCCCUCCACUACCCCAGCACUACGGCCUUGCAGGAAAUGGUGCACCAAGUGACAGACUUGUCCAGGAACACGCUGCAGUUCAAGCGCUCUUUGCUGGAGAUGGCAACGUUCUGAGAAGAAAAGGAGGACAGGGACUGAGUGGGUUACCAAGGAAAACUGGAAAUACUAUCUGGUUUUUGUAAAUGAUAUCUAUUUUUGUAUAUAUUUUAUAUGGAAAUGAAAUAUUUUAACAUUUUAUGGGUUAGACAACAUUCAGAACUUCAGGGAGCUAGAGAGGGAACUUUGUUUGUGUGUGUGUGUGUGUGUGUGUGUGUGUGUGUGUGUGUGUGGUUCUUGUGUACACAUGUAAGCAUCCCGAACAUAAACUGUACAGAAACUUGUCCACGUGCGUGUGUGUGCCUGUGUUCAUGUUCGUUUGUAGAUGUUUGUCUGAUACAUUCCAUUCAAAAACAUGAAUUAAGAAGCACCUUAAUAAGCACCUCCUGAUGCUGCAUUUUUUUUAGAAAACAUGCCAGCUGGUUGUAAUAUACCUACAUAUACUAGCAAUUUAUUUUGAGCCUGUCACUUCCACGUCUGGGAAGGAUAGUUUAUUUGCAAAUGCUCACCUCCCAAAUAACAAGGCAUGAUAUAACUUAUCCUUCUUUUGAAGCCCCUUCCAAAAUUGACUAUCUUGGACACAUUAGUACAAACUGUCUCACUUCUGGUUGAAAAGGUUUCAGAAAGUGAUCUAAGUUCCUAUAUUCUGGGAGCUGGAGAGGGAAGAGACACGUGUGGUAAGAAGCCAAGUCCCAGUUAGCACUGGGUUGUUUCAACACUGUGCGGACCUCACGAUAAAAGGAGAGAGUGUGUUUCCCGAAACUAUUUAAUAGUCUGUAUUUUUGAGUGAUUUUGCCAUGAGAUUUUCCAGAUGAUGUUUUCAGAUUUGCAAAAACCAUAUUACUUGCAGCAGGAGUUUAUAAAGACACAUCAGGCUCUAAUCAUCCACAAAAAAGAAGGAUGAUUCUGUCUGCAGGUGUAAGUAGAAGCCUUUCUGACUCUCAGCAUUCGCUUAGGUGCUACUACCCCUCCAUUACCUGAGGGAAGCUGGCCAGUUCCUUGGUCACCAGAAUGUUAGAGCCACUAGGCCACAUCUGACUCUAAGAGAAUUUAUUGCUUCAUCUUGCACCCUCCGUAAACCAUGGCAGACUUUACACUUAGAGUAGCUAUACUGAGCCCAUUUAAUCUUUAUAACUCUGUCUGGACAACAAUCCUGCAUAUACAGCCCACCACUCACACAGCAUCCAUUCCAUAGUCUGUCCCCUUGCUUCUACUGGUGUUGGCACAGCACAGACACACCACAAGCCACCUGAUUCAUCAUAGAGCAAAUAAAAUACUUCCUGCCUGGUGAGAAAAUGCAUUCACAUAUUACCAAGCCAAGAAGCAUGCUAUCACCCUGGCCAGUGUGGCUCAGUUUGGUUGAGCAUCAUCCCGUGCACUGAGAGGUCACCAGUUCAAUUUCUGAUCAGGGCACAUGCCUGUAUUGUCUGCUGGAUCCCCAGUGGUUGGGGGGUGUGGAGGGGGGAGGUGCAGAAGGCAGCAGAUCAAUGGUUCUCAUUGAUGUUUCUCUCUCUUCCCCUCUCUCUAAAAUCAAUAAAAACAUAAAAUAAAAAUGAAGCGCACUUCGGUCUUUCAGUCCAGUGCUUAUUUAAUGGUUUUAUUCCAGCCUAUUUGAAAACAUUUUUAUUUACAAUGUAUGCUUUAACAGAAUUAAGCUUGCUUGUUUUAAACAACCAAAUCAUUGGAACAGCACAAGAUUUAAAGAGAAGAAUGUGUAAUCUCAGUAUGGUGAAAUACCAGUGAAACUUAUCAUAGAAGGUGCUUUUCAAAACAACCGUUAUUGUACUUCUCAAAGUUCUGCUCUGCCAAAAUAAGAUUAAAAGUUGUGUUGUUAUAUGAUAAGUAAAUGUGUAGGGAGGAAGGGGAUUGCUGAAAAUCGACAACACUUGAAAAGUAUAAAAGUGUGUCCUUGUAGAUUUCAUUGUAAAUGUGUAUUUCUUAAGAGGUGACAGAUUUGUUCUAAGUGGUGACAUUUCAUGUUUGUAAAACCAAAAUGUUCAAUAUGUAGUACUCUCUUUGUUCUUGUGUAUGUAGAAGCUAUUUUAAAUCAUUAAAUUUUUUAGAUCUGUG